AUGAACUGGUUGUGGGAACAUCAUCAGUUUUUAAUGCACCAAUACUUUUUACUUCCAUUCGCAUUUUUGUUUUAUUUUCUUGCCAAACUGGGUCAUCUGUCCUUAACAUACAGGUACCUGUUUGUCGCUGUUGGAGGAUGCGUCCUGGCAGUCAUCACAAUGGGGAUCUACAGCGCACUUCUGUUCACCUCCACCUUUGUCUUUAUUCUGCUCGUGUGCUCUGUGGAUCCCAGCAGUGUCCACAUCUGGGCGUUUAGUAUCCAGAUGUUGUGGCAAACCUUCUGGCACCUGCUUAUACAGUACAGGGAAUACUACCUGCAUGAGCCUGUCUGCAUCAGAUUGUUUCUGGCUAUGUCCUCUUUGAUGCUGCUCACUCAGAGAAUCACCUCAGUGUCCAUGGACCUCCAGGAGAAACGAGUUAUGCUAACAUUUAAUGCUUCAUCCAAAAGGAAGGCGUGUGUGAUGCUUCUCCCUCUUAUCAGCUACACCCUCAAUUUCACCACACUGCUCGGUGGCCCUUUAUGCUCCUACAGUCGAUUCGUGUCCCUUAUGGCGGGAAUAAGACUCAACCCUCCACCUAAUCCACAGGGUGUGGUCUUCCUAAAGCUGAUACAGGUGCUAUUGCUGGAGUGUUUAAGGUAUUGUCUUGUGUAUUUUCUGAAACACAACAACUAUGAUCCCUACAACUCCAUUUUUCUCUAUGGCAUCCUGUGGGUUUGGGGUGUGGCGGUGGUUUUGAGGAUGCAAUAUUAUUCUCACUGGAGGAUCAGUGAAUGUCUCAAUAACGCAGCUGGGUUUGGCUUUUGGGAAAAUGCCCCAGGAAGCUCCCCAGACUGGAGCAGACUAUCUGACGGAGAUUUCUGGACCACCGAGGCGUCGAGCCGCAUUUCAGAGUUUGCCCGUCGAUGGAACACGACAACAGCUUCAUGGCUGCGUAGACUGAUUUAUAUGAGAUGCAAGCGUUUCCCAUUGUUCAUGACUUUUGGGUUUUCACUGUGGUGGCAUGGUUUGCAUUUAGGUCACUUUGUGGGAAUUUUGACCUGGGCUGCAACAGUGAAAGCAGAUUAUCACAUACACGGUCACCUGCGCCGAAGACUUUCAUCUACAUGGAGGAAAACAUACACUUGUUUAAGCUGGAUAAACACUCAAAUGAUUGUUGCUUGUAUUGUUAUAGCAGUAGAAUUAAGAAAUAUGUCUGGUUUGAGACUUUUGUCGUCAACAUACAUAGGUCUGUUUCCACUUUUUAAUAUUAUUCUGCUCUUUAUCCUUUUAAAACUCAACACAGUUUAG